GGUUUUGGAACGGAUGUUGGAAGAUGUUAGCUGUGGAUACUGGGGUUGUGGAGGAGUGGUUAUCAGAGUUCAAGACACUGCCAGAAGCAUCCAUAUCCAGCUAUGCUACAAACUUGAAAGACAAAAGUGCUUUGAUUUCAUCUCUUUACAAAGUAAUUCAGGAGCCACAGAGUGAACUUCUGGAGCCAGUUUGCCAUCAGCUCUUUGAGUUCUAUCGCAGCGGUGAGGAACAAUUGCUACGAUUUACGCUGCAGUUUCUACCAGAAUUGAUGUGGUGCUAUCUUGCUGUCUCAGCCAGCAGAGAUUUGCAGAGCAGUGGGUGCAUAGAGGCUCUUCUCCUAGGAGUUUAUAACUUGGAGAUAGUUGACAAAGAGGGACAUAGCAAAGUGCUGAGUUUCACAAUUCCAUCUUUGUCCAAACCUUCAGUCUAUCAUGAACCUUCCAGCAUCGGCUCCAUGGCUCUCACUGAAGGAGCUUUAUCGCAGCAUGGUUUGUCCCGAGUUGUAUACAGUGGACCUCAUCCUCAGAGGGAGAUGUUAACAGCACAGAACAGGUUUGAAGUGCUGACUUUCCUUCUGCUCUGUUACAAUGCUGCCUUGAGCUACAUGCCUGCAGUUUCUCUUCAGUCAUUGUGUCAAAUUUGUUCAAGAAUUUGUGUCUGUGGAUAUCCUCGCCAACAAGUGAGAAAGUACAAGGGAGUCAACAGUAGGAUUCCAGUCUCAUCUGAAUUCAUGGUGCAAAUGCUAACAGGGAUUUAUUAUGCCUUUUAUAAUGGAGAAUGGGAUCUGGCUCGUAAAGCUAUGGAUGACAUUUUGUAUAGAGCACAGCUGGAACUGUAUCCAGAACCUCUGCUGGUUGCUAAUGCAAUAAAAGCUUCACUGCCUCAGGGUGCCAUGAAAUCUAGUAAAGAAGGUACAAGAUGCAUUCAGGUUGAAAUUACACCUACUUCAUCCAGAAUAUCAAGAAAUGCUGUGACUAGCAUGUCAAUUCGAGGGCAUAGAUGGAAAAGGCAUG